AUGGGAUCUCUAAUGGCCUCUCUCACACUUGUAUUAUUGGCUUUAGUGUUUAUGAGCUUGCCUCCUCAACUAUGCGCUCGCCCCUACGUCUACUCAUCUCCUCCUCCACCAGAACAUCGUCCUUCUCCUCCGCCGCCGCCGCCGCCUACUCCUCUUUCCCCGUCGCCAAGCCCUUCGUACGGUGCUCCCCCUCCAGUGCCUCGGUCUCCUCCUCCGCCGCUUUCUCCGGCGUCGAGCCCUUCAACACAAGACUCUCCUGCUCCUUCUCCCUCCCCUGGGCCUAACCCUAUCUAUCCGCCACCUCACAAGCCAUAUGUCUACGCUUCACCACCACCUCCCUACUACUACUAG